GUCUAAAGGGCAUCAUUUGGACAGAGGUUCAGAAAUUCAGGAUAUAACAGUACUCUCUGGUGCACAAAGAGGAACCAAUUGCUUGAAUCUUGGAUACAAAAUGAAUUCUAGACUUUCUUUUGAGUUUUUCUUCAUGGGGAUCAUGUGUGCAGGUGCACUGGGAUUAAAUUCCGAUUGCACUGAAAUGAAGAACGACGGUACUGGACAAGAAAGUGUAUUGCAGUUCCACUACGACCAGAACGUCAAACUUUGCUUCCCUUUCUUCUACAAAGGAGAGGGAGGCAACGGCAACCGGUUCGCCACUGAACAGCAGUGCCUGUCCAAUUGCUCCUUAGAGUAUAAUGAUCUCUAUCCAGAAGGAGAUGCAGUGUGUGCUUUAAAGAUGAACCCAGGCAGCUGUUUUGCCCGACAGUUAAGGUAUUACUACGACAGCGAGGAGAAAGCCUGCCGCCUGUUUCUUUAUGGAGGCUGUCAAGGAAAUGGCAACCGGUUUGAGACUAAAGAAGAUUGUGAAAGCAUGUGUCUAGCAAGGUCUGGAAGGACGUUCGGAUCAGCUCCUAACCCUGAUGAGCAGAAUGUGGAUGUGGGUUUGAUUGUGGGCGUUCUGGGUGGUGUUGUGUUUGCCGUAGCAAUAGUUGCUACUGUUGUACUAUUUGUAGUCCAGAGGAAAGCGAAACAUGCUAACAUGAAGAAAGUGCCCACGACUGAUGUCGAGAUGAGAUAAGCUAGCUAAACAGAAGGCCAGAGCUUUGUGUGUGUGUGUAUGUGUGUGUUCUUUUGUAUGACCUUUUUAUUAUCCAACUAGAUACAUCAUGAGAAAUAUAUCAAUCUUAACUGUUCAUUAUGUCAUUUAUGCUGGUGUAUGCUUAGAAUUUAGUAAAGUAAAAUAAAUAAAUAAUUAACAGUAAUAAAAAAAGUUGCAUUCAUAUACAACAUAUGAGAUAAAUUAUUCAGAAGGAAAAUUUGCCUAGCAUUGGAUUUUUAAUUUCCUCUAAUUUUCCUUUUGCAUUAGAAAUAGAUGUAAGAUAGAUUUAACUGCUGCAAUAUGUUGUAUUGUUCAGUGAUGGAGUUUUGUAUGAUGUAAUAGCUUUCAAAUAAGAGUUAAUAAGGUAAUACUGUCUUACCUCUAAAUAAAGUGUGAGUACAUAA